AUGUCAUCAAUUCAAGAACGUCCAUCUAAACGUCAACGUACAAUUAAAACAGGUCAUGAUUUAGAUACAGUUGAAUUUGAAACAAGUGAAGAUGUUGAAGUAUGUCCAACAUUUGAUGCUAUGAAUUUAAAUGAAAAUCUUCUUCGUGGUAUUUAUUCAUAUGGUUUUGAAAAACCAUCAGCUAUACAACAACGUAGUAUACGUCCUAUUGUUAAAGGACGUGAUGUUAUUGCACAAGCACAAUCUGGUACAGGUAAAACAGCAACAUUUUCAAUUGCUAUGUUACAAAAAUUAGAUACAAAUAUACGUGAAACACAAGCAUUAGUUUUAUCACCAACACGUGAAUUAGCACAACAAAUACAAAAAGUUGUUUUAGCUAUUGGUGAUUUUAUGAGUGUACAAUGUCAUGCAUGUAUUGGUGGUACAAGUACAGGUGAAGAUAUGCGUAAACUUGAUCAUGGACAACAUAUUGUUAGUGGAACACCAGGAAGAGUUAUUGAUAUGAUCAAUCGAAGAUCUUUACGAACACGUCAUAUAAAAAUGUUAAUAUUAGAUGAAGCUGAUGAAAUGCUUAAUCUUGGUUUUAAAGAACAAAUCUAUGAAGUUUAUCGUCAUUUACCACCACAAACACAAGUUAUACUUGUAUCAGCAACAUUACCACAUGAAAUACUUGAAAUAACAACAAAAUUUAUGACUGAUCCAAUACGUAUAUUAGUUAAACGUGAUGAAUUAACACUUGAAGGUAUAAAACAAUUUUUUGUUGCUGUUGAACGUGAAGAAUGGAAAUUUGAUACAUUAUGUGAUUUAUAUGAUACAUUAACAAUAACACAAGCUGUUAUUUUUUGUAAUACUAAACGUAAAGUUAAUUGGUUAACAGAAAAAAUGCGUGAAGCGAAUUUUACUGUUUCAUCAAUGCAUGGUGAUAUGAAACAAGAAGAACGUGAUGCUAUUAUGAAAGAAUUUCGUGCUGGUGAUACACGUGUACUUAUAACAACUGAUGUUUGGGCUCGAGGUAUUGAUGUUCAACAAGUUAGUUUGGUUAUUAAUUAUGAUCUACCUAAUUCUCGUGAAUUAUAUAUUCAUCGUAUUGGUCGUUCUGGUCGAUUUGGUCGUAAAGGUGUUGCUAUAAAUUUUGUUAAAAAUGAUGAUAUUCGUAUCUUACGAGAUAUUGAACAAUAUUAUGCAACACAAAUUGAUGAAAUGCCAAUGAAUGUUGCUGAUCUUAUUUGA